AUGACCGAGGUACGGCGGCAUCGCUCGAAGAGACAAAGAACAGCAUGUAUAUCGACAUCGACGGCAGCGGUUGCAAUAUUGGCCAGCGCUCUGCCAGCAACACUUGCUCAAAACUGCGUAUCACUGGCGAGCUCCACCGCAUGUCCGGCAUUCAACAGAUCCUCGAUAUCGACAGAUAGCACGCUCGUCGGCCUCUUUCCCUUCUUGUCUUCAGUCAGCGACGUUGGCUCGUUUGACUCGAGCCUCGAUCAGUACAUCGCCGACGGCUACACAGACGAGAGAUACCGGACUCUCAUAGGAUGUUCUAACGUCAAUCUCGACAACACGACUGCGUUCUACGCGCGAUACACAGCCAGCGUACUAUGCAACGCUAUAAUACAGAACUCGGUCACGCCAUGUGGUCUGUCCGGUACUGCUGCAAGGCCGCUCUGUGCAGACACAUGCGCGUCCUUUGCACAAAGCGAGGAAGAAAUUGCUAGCAGCAACGUCUGUGGCACUACGGGCGAUUAUGCCUUGACACAAAUACGUGCUGACUUCACCAAUUGUGCUCUGCCGGCGGACUCACUCACAGGAUCUUGUAUAGAAGGCUCUACGAACCAGCCGAAUGACUGUGGUUACUCUUCAAACCUGGGUGGCCUCUGCUCAUAUUGCUCCUCAAGCUCCCCUAAUGCAACGGACUCGUGCUGCGUAUUCUCCAAUACGACCACGCGAUGCAAUGGUGUGACACUGCCGAUAGUCGCGUCUUCCUCCCUGGCACCAGUGACUGUGACCGCCAGUUCAUCUGGCCGCGCAACAGCAUCAUCGACCUCCAGCGCCGGAAGCGGUAUUGCAGCGACAAAUCGUGGCCUUACUGGCGGUCAGAUCGCCGGCAUCGUGGUCGGCUCGGUUCUCGGUGCGCUGCUCUUGCUUGGCCUGCUGAUUGCAGGCUGUCUACUGCUUAGGAGGCGGAGAGACAGUAGCCCUGCUACCAGCAUCUUCAAUCAGCCCGCCACGACUCGUUCACAACCUGCUAUGGCGUUCAACGACGGCGCAAGGGAUGGUGCAAGAGACCAAGAACGUGCUGGCCUUGCUGUCCUUCCCGGCGGCAGAGUUGCGCGAAUGUCUGCACUGGAAGGCACGAGCAGCUCAGAGAAUGAUACCGGGAGAUAUGCGCCUCUUGGAUAUGGUGGCUAUAGGAAGUCCACAUCUGACGAGGAAGAGACACCCGACUCGCGAGGCAUGCUGAGCGCCGCUCCACUGCCAAAGCGUAGUGGCUCGUUGUCGAGCGGAUCGCAACUUGCCAUAGUGGGUGCGGAGGACAGCUCUCCAAACUCCCAGAACGACUUCACUUCACCGGAGUCGCAAGGUCAGAGCGAACGACUCGGCUUCUUCAAGGACUACUACUCGCAAGACGAGAUUCGUGCUGGUGAUCUCGUCUCCACGUUGUGGGCCUACGAACCACGAGCUGCCGACGAGUUUGACCUUGAGCGUGGCGACAUGGUCAAGGUCAUGGGGAUCUGGGAUGACGGCUGGGCUACUGGUGUGCGCGUCCGACAAAAAGCCGAGAACUGGCGAGCAGAGGAUAAGGCACAACGCGACAGCGGCAUGAGCAGUGGCAGCUCUCGCACUCCGGGCUCAUCCAAUGGCGAAGGCGAAGUAAAGGCAUUCCCUCUGGUCUGUGUUUGUCUUCCUCGACACUGGCGGAAGACCAUCGAAGGCGACUCCACAGAAGGAUCGAGUCGUCCAUUCGACCUCCAAUGA